AUGGUUAGAAAACUCUGUACAGUUACAGAAGUAUAGAAAGACGGACGUGUUCAUAGAAAGCUCUGAUUAAGUUUUGAAUUUCAUUAUGGGACUCAAGUGUGAUCCUUCCAAAUCUCAUAAAAAAUCGGGAUGCAGGAAAUGGUGGCGAAAAUUGUCGUGCGUACGAAGGAAUGUAUCACCAUGCGAGAAAAAUGUCCUUGAAGCUUCAGAACGGACUGCGACUACCUCACCAGAAGCCAAACAUGAGGUGCCGGGUGAGACUUCUGACACAGUUAGACCCAAACCCACCAGCACAAUACAGGCGUCUGAAGAUCAAAAUAAACUCACUUUUGAAGAGAUAGGAGAGUUGAUAGAGAAGUGUUUCAACGAUGAAGAUGCAGAUACUGUAGAGGUGUCGGGUGAGACUUGUGACCCAUUUAGACCCAAAUCCACCAACACAAUACAGGUGUCUGAAGAUCAAAAUAAACUCACUUUUGAAGAGAUAGGAGAGUUGAUAGAGAAGUAUUUCAACGGCGAAGAUGCAGAUACUGUAGAGGUGCCGGGUGAGACUUGUGUCCCAGUUAGACCCAAAUCCACCAGCACAAGUCAGGCGUCCGAAGAUCAAAAUAAACUCACUUUUGAAAAGAAAGGACAGUUGAUAGAGAAGUGUUUCACCGGUGAAGAUGCAGAUACUGUAGAGGUGCCAGGUGAGACUUGUGACACAGUUAGACCCAAAUCCACCAGCACAAGUCAGGCAUCUGAAGAUAAAAGUAAACUUAGUUUUGAAGAGAAACUACAGUUGAUAGAAACGUUUUUCAAGAGUCAAAUUGCAGAUACUGCAGAGAUGCCGCGUGAGACUUCUGACACAGUUAGACCCAAACACACCAGCACAAGUAAGGCGUCUGAAGAUCAAAAUAAACUCACUUUUGAAAAGAAAGGACAGUUGACAGAGAAGUGUUUCAACGGCGAAGAUGCAGAUACUGUAGAGGUGCCGGGUGAGACUUGUGUCCCAGUUAGACCCAAAUCCACCAGCACAAGACAGGCGUCUGAAGAUCAAAGUAUUCUCACUUUUAAAGAGAAACGACAGUUGAUAGAGGAGUGUUUCAAGAGUGAAAAUGCAGAUACUGCAGAGCCGACUGAGACUUGUGACCCAGGUAGACCCAAAUCUACCAACACAAUACAGGCGUCUGUAAGAGUGAAGAUGCAGAUACUGCAGAGACGGCUGAGACUUGUGACCCAGAAACGACAGUUGAUAGAGGAGUGUUUCAAGAGGGAAAAUGCAGAUACUGCAGAGCCGACUGAGACUUGUGACCCAGGUAGACCCAAAUCUACCAACACAAUACAGGCGUCUGAAGAUCAAAGUAUUCUCACUUUUAAAGAGAAACGACAGUUGAUAGAGGAGUGUUUUAAGAGUGAAGAUGCAGAUACUGUAGAGGUGCCGGGUGAGAUUUGUGUCCCAGUUAGACCCAAAUCCACCAGCACAAGACAGGCGUCUGAAGAUCAAAGUAUUCUCACUUUUAAAGAGAAACGACAGUUGAUAGAGGAGUGUUUCAAGAGUGAAAAUGCAGAUACUGCAGAGCCGACUGAGACUUGUGACCCAGGUAGACCCAAAUCUACCAACACAAUACAGGCGUCUGAAGAUCAAAAUAAACUCACUUUUGAAGAGAAAGGACAGUUGAUAGAGAAGUGUUUCAACUGUGAAGAUGCAGAUACUGUAGAGGUGCCGGGUGAGACUUGUGACCCGGUUCUGUCUCCUCCAACUCCUUUUGGCCGGGCUUUAUUCAGCAGUUUCUCCUGCCUCGCUCCUUCGAUGUCUCAUCGCAGUCCCCUACGCCCCCUCGACCCUUUGUGA